UGAGGAAAUAUCAGGAAGCACGCUGAGUAAGCGACACUUGCAAGUUGGAGCUCUUGGCUCACUGGUUUCUUGUCUUGAGUAAAUUAUCGGAGGGUUUUGUGCAGAUACUGAUUUGUCCGUCUCCAAUGACAGAUGAUAAUGUCUGUUGGACGGUUGACGGUCUUCGCUGCGCUCCUGGCGAGCAUCAUGCAGGUUGCCUUCUCGAGGGGGGCGGGUGACAGGUGUUUCUGUCAGGUCACAGGUAAUCUCGACGACUGCGCCUGUGAUGUGGAGACCAUCGAUGCCUUCAACAAUGAUCAGCUCUUCCCUAAACUCCAAAAACUGCUUGAGUCUGACUACUUCAGGUUCUAUAAGGUGAACCUGGAUAAGCCGUGUCCUUUCUGGACAGACAACAACCAGUGUGGUAUGAGCUCUUGUGCUGUGCAGCCCUGCUCCCCGAAUGAGGUGCCUGAGGGAAUCAAGUCUUCGAACCAUAAGUAUUCAGCAGACGCCAACACACAGGACGACGACUGUGAGAAACUGGAGCAUCUUGGAGCUGUGGACGCCUCUCUCAGUGAGAAGACGAGAGAGGCUCUGCAGAACUGGAACCUCCACGAUGAUGAGGCGGAGCGCUUCUGUGUGAUCGACGACGUGGAGUCCCCGGACGCACAGUAUGUGGAUCUGCUGCUGAACCCGGAACGCUUUACGGGCUACAAGGGCCCUGCGGCCUGGCAAAUCUGGAACAGCAUCUACGAGGAGAACUGCUUCAAACCCUUCACCGUGAGGCGCCCGGUGUAUCCCCAAGUGUUCCGCAGCGGUCAAGGAAAGGAUGCCCCGGCCUUCUACAGAUGGUUGGACGGUCAAUGUGUGGAGAAAAGAGCUUUCUACCGGCUUAUAUCUGGCCUUCACUCCAGCAUCAACAUACACCUGAGUGCCCGAUACCUUAUGGAUGACAACUGGUUCCAGAAGAAGUGGUCCCACAAUGUCUCAGAGUUCCAGCAGCGUUUCGACUCUGAGCUGACCGCGGGCGAGGGCCCCAAGCGGCUCCGUAACCUCUACUUCUUGUACCUGAUUGAGCUGCGCGCCCUGGCCAAAGCCCUGCCCUUCUUCCAGCAGUCGUCCUUCCAGCUGUACACGGGCCAGCCGCGGAAGGAUCAGGCCCACAAAGAGCUGCUGCUGGAGGUCCUCCGGCUGGCUGACACUUUCCCCCUGCACUUCAACGAGAACUCGCUGUUCGCUGGGGAUGAGAAGGAGGCGGGGAAGCUCAAGGAGGACAUCAGGCUGUCGUUCAAGAACAUUUCAAGAAUCAUGGACUGCGUGGGGUGUUUCAAAUGUCGUCUCUGGGGAAAGCUGCAGACCCAGGGGUUAGGGACAGCCCUAAAGGUCCUGUUCUCAAGGCGACAGAUUGACGAUCUGACCAAACCUAACGUUCCACGGCCAGCCUUCCAGCUGAACCGCCAGGAGAUAGUCUCCAUCUUCAAUGCCUUCGGAAGAAUUUCAACAAGUAUCAAGGAGCUGAAGAACUUUAGAUCGAUGCUGGCGGACUUCAGAUGACAGAAGCACCACCAAAAGUCCAGCCUCGUUGUGAUGGAUGUGGGAUCCGGCUAUGUCUUCCAACAAUAAACAUGUUUCUACUA